AAUUCACUCAUGUGCCAAACACUAUUAAUGGGUUGUUUUUGACCCAUUUUCAAUCCCCCAAUUGCCAAAAACUAUUUUCCAAUUUCUCGUCCCUUCCCCAUUGUGUUCUUUCCAACAACAGGCUCUUUCUCUCUUUCAUAAAUUCCAGCCAGUGAUUUGCAGCUAUAACAGCAAGUCACUGUGGUGAAAGAUGACUGCUAAUAUCCAAAAGUUCCGAACUCUUUCAACUGCUGUGAAUCAUAGUUUCGAGUCAAGAUGGCUCUUGCAUCGCUAUCGCCUCCUGCACCAUGGUCCAGACACUAUGGAGGAACUAUUGGAUAGACACGUGGUUAAAAGGGAGAAGAGUCUUGAUGAUGAGAAGAAUGAGCUCCUAAAUAGACAGAAACUCACUAGCAGUCGCCGCGAGGCUCUAAGUCUCUACCGAGAUGUCAUCCGCGCUACCCGGUUCUUCAUGUGGGCCAACUCUCAAGGCAACCUCUGGCGGGACGUUCUCAGAGAAAAUGUGCGAAAGGAGUUCGAGGAGGCACGAUUUGAGAGAGAUCCAGAAGUCAUUACCAGGUUGCUUAUUGGAGGCCGGGAUGCCCUGCAAGCUGCUUUGGAUAAACUUGUUGAGAAACAAAAGCAAGAAAUCGAAAAGCAACGUGGCAAUUCAAAUACUCCUUGAUAUUCUGGUGUUGUGAAAUGCUAAGUUGCACGGACUCUUCGCUUUCCAUGCCGCACCCGUGUUGAAUUCUCUCCAAAAAUACACUUACUUUUGGAGAAUCCGACACUCACUCGUUGACAUUUUUGAAGAGUUCGAGAAACAUUGAUAGCAAUGUACAGUGAUAGUUCAAGAACCUUAGCAAGUAAAGCUCUUGUCCAUGGAGAUUAUGCAAUACAAAUGUAACUCUUUUAGCCUUCAUUAUACUUGUAUUGAAAACAAAUCUUGAGGAAGCCCUAAAGCGCUCAUGGUAUCAUUCUGAAUAUACAAACCAAAACUUUCGAGGAAUGAGAAACUUUCAGAGAA